AUGUUUCUCGAGCGGGUUCCGUGUCUGAACCUCGUGGAUCAUAUCCACAAAAAGAGACCUAGACCUAGUACGUACCCCCAUGAUCCAUUUUUUGCGUCACAAGCACCGGCUGUGACGCAUGUCCUUCUUGUUAUGCGUGACGAAUUGCCAAAUUGGAUGGGGAUUAUUUGGGGUCUUUUUUUGUGGAUAGAUCAGAUGGAGGAGUGGAUCUUGGGUCAGGUAUGAGAGUGCACAACCAUCCCUCCUUCUCAUUUGUAUAGCAUGAACAGGAAUACACACACCAGUACACGUGGAGCCAAUGCAUGACAAAUUUGCGUGCCUAAUGUAGUACUGUUUGGGCUUCCGGAAUUUAUCAUGCAUACAGUGCCACAAGGCAGCGACUGGAUUUGGGGUUUUGCAUGGCAAAUGAGGGGGAGGGGGAGCUGUGCACUACCAUAUCAGGCGGAAAUGGACGACAUGACCGAGGCGGCGCUGAC